GAAAGUAAGGGUGCAAACGAAGAUGAAAAUUACUACUAUACUAUGGUGGAGUGUCCGUUCAGGAAUAUCCUCAGAAACAAUUGCCAACCAAAAGUGACCGUGAAAAUACUAAAUUAUCGGAGGCCCUUCCACUGUUAUAGUUGAAGUACUCCAGCCAUUUAGCGUCUUCUCCAACGCAUUAAACACCAAAACGGACGAAAAAUGCAAUUUUGAAGUGAUAUAUCUAAAAUUGUUUUGGCAGGUACACUGGAAGAGGUCAGUAAUGAAAGUUAGUACCAGAGUGUGCGACACAGCUUCAUCUAUAAGAGCUUUCCGUCUGCUGGCAGAUAAAGUUGCCACGUCCAAUUCGAAGGAUGAGGUUUACAAAAUCUUUAAUGUACUUGCCGGAGAUCUAAACAUCACAACUGUAAAACACCUUCUUCCAGAUGACAUGACAGACCUAGAGAAUGAUAACUGGAAAAAGCUGCACAAUUGGAAAAGGUGGUGGACAAGGGAGGAGCACUUGAAAAUGUUCACAACUGCUUUUACAGAGAUGGAGGCCUGUAACUGGUCAGCGUGUCCUGACACAACAAAUCCUGUCGAACAUAUCAAUAAAGAUUCAAUUCCAGCAAAGGAGUAUAAGAACAUCUAUCGAUGUGACAAGCUUGCUGCAGCCAAAAGGUUGGCUGUUUUAAGUAAUGUCACGAUCAGCUAAGCAAGCAAGCAAGAGGACAGUAGGCAAGAAAGAGCAGCAAGAAAAAGGAAGUGGAGGAGGAGCUUGGGGAAACUCGGGGAUCAUGAUGAUCAUAACGUUGGUGGUAGGCUAGAAAUUAAUACAUUUAACUUGUGGAAAGGGUGUAACUUGUAAAAUUUUAAUUAAGAUAAUUAAGAUCUUGUGAAAAUAUUCAUACGCAGUGCAGUUAUUUGGCUUAAGGCGACCUUCGUCAAGUGACGCGGACGCAAGUAAUGCACGAUCAACUAAGUUGUUGAGUUUCCUUCACCAAAACACUGCUUUCUUGUUUUACUAGGACCCCCUGACAAACUUCCCCGACAGAUAGAUAACACCCAAAAGAGACAGACGAGAAAGUC